AUGGAUCGCGACUCCAGUCAACUAGAAUGUGCUUGGCAGAUCAAGGCACCUAUAGGCAAACGAGUUCUUCUCAUUGUGGAUACCUUGGCCAUAUUCCAGAAGACUGAAGCCAGCUGCCAAUACAACAACGAUGAGAAGGAGGAGUUUGCUGGGAUGGCGAUCUUUUCUGGAGCUUCAAAUCGCUCAGGAUAUCCACAGUACACAGCGUGUACGAGUAUAAAGAAUCUUACCUACAGAUCACAUACAAAUGAGUUAUUCUUGUUGUUAAAGUACUCUAUGAAAUCAGUAAUGCCAGAUGGUGAAGGCUACUUUUUCCUCGCUAAUGUCACAUUUACUGAUGCGGACAUCAAUAAUCGAGAUGAGUGUGGAGGAGUUGUCGAAGUCUCCUCCGCACAACCGUCUGUCAUUCACUCUCCGCGAUACCCAGAAGAAUACGAACGGGGUACUGAGUGUCAGUGGUUAUUUAAGAGUCCACCUGGCUACUAUCUGAUCUAUAAAAUAAAAGAAUACAUCACACCAAAUGCUCAUGAACAGCAAACUGAGAAAAAAUGGAUGCCAAGGGCAAUGAACAACUUGACGUGCCAGGAUCCUCUUCCACUUAUUGAAGGAGCUCUUACCAUUUAUGGAGGAAACAAUACAAACGCGGAGAAGAUUGAGCGAAUAUGUCUGGAUAUCGAGGAGCCUAAAGAAGUUCCUGUAUUCGCGACUGAGUCUUUGGUUACAUUCCGUGGAGCAGCCACAGCGAGGAUACACAUGACAGGCGAAGAUCAGCAUUUGAAGAAGGUUGGAUUCCUACUCGAGGCUAGAACUGCUUGCGGAGGGUUAGUGCUAGCUGAUGAUGUGGAAGGUGUCAUGACAUUCAGUGAUUUGGAGGAAGAAGUGUGCAACAUAACCAUACGCAAAAAAGAUGAAUCUGCAUCCGGUAUCUAUGUCCGCCUGGAUGAAUUUAUUAGCCGUGGAAUUACGAAACACCGCAGUAACGAUAUGAUAUUUGGCAAUAGCUUCAUUGAUAUUCAGAUAGAUGGUGGUGAAAUAAUGUCCCGGGAAGCCAAAGGACCAUACCUUAUUGAAACUUCCACAACCCAUGAGGAAUUCCGCGCCAAAAAUGAAAUCAAAAUCGCUUUUGUGAAGAAGAACUCCUUGCUUGCUGCGAGAGUUGUGAUCGCGUACUCAACAGUAAUUGACAAUUGCGGCGGUGAGAUCACAUCUCGAGAAGGAUUCAUUAGUAUACCAGAAAUCGACGGCGAUUUUGACUGUGUGUGGACUUUAAGGGAGAAUCCUGGCAACGGAGUGAGAGCAUCCGUAACGUGA